CAUGUUUAUCAGCACUCGGUGAACAUUUGAUGUGUAUAUACCACAAGCACCCCCGUCUCUCUUUGCUCAGUCACGGUGUGUUGGUCUAAGUGGGUCACCGGUGACCUGUCAAACACUUUGUCCCGUGUUGUGUGUGUGUGUGUGUUUGGAAAUAAAGGGGGCGUUACUUCCUAGAACAGCGCACAUCCAACGAUGAGCCGGUAAGUAAAGGGAUCAGCUGUUGAAGGAGUUUGAUUUUGUAGCCCCAAAAAUGUGUUUUGUGUAUUAUAUUAAUUUUAUUAUCUGGCUUUUUUCAUUUAAACAAGUUACAAGCAAUCUGUUUUCUAGGAACGGAAUUGUUAAUUGUGUCAUCUAGCUUUAUUGAAAACGUUUGUUGUUUAUAAACUUUAAAAUCAGAGCUGUCAUUCAAAAAGUGUAAGUGUAAGCAACGGUAAACCAUCAGACUCAGUGUUGUUGACCAGUUGAUAGCCGUUGUUUCUCGGACCUCGGCUGUUAAAUUAAACGUCGUUAAACCGAAUUAGUAAAGAAAAAAAAUAUUUUUUUUUUUUCAAUCUAUAAAAUAAAGCCUACUUAAAAUAAAAUAUAUGGAGAUUUACUGUCGGUAUUGUGGUAUGUUUAUCUAUAAUCUGAAAAAAUAUGUGUGUUCAGAAUUACUUUGGGACAGAUCUGUCUGUAUAGUAUUGUGGUACGUUUUAUUCUAUACAAUUAAAUAUAUGUUGUGCAGAUCUACUGUCUGUAUGUUUAUCUGUAUAAUAUGCUGUGCAGAUCUACUGUCUGUAUGUUUAUCUGUAUAAUAUGCUGUGCAGAUCUACUGACUGUAUGUUUAUCUGUAUAAUAUGAUGUGCAGAUCUACUGUCUGUAUGUUUAUCUGUAUAAUAUGCUGUGCAGAUCUACUGUCUGUAUUGUGGUAGGCCAUAAGUCUCAUAAAAUUAAAAUAAAGCCACCAAGUUGUUGGCAUGUUUGUGAGAGGGGGGGGGGAUGUGGAUGUGAAUCUUGACACACAGCCUACACCCUGAGCCCAGUCAACAAAUCAAUUAGUUGUAUGCGCCUUUAUGGACGGCGCGUCUGAGAUGAGAACACAUAAAUAUAAUGAGAUAUAAUGUGACCUGGUAGGGCUUAAUUUAGUUGCCACCAUUUUAACGAGUAAGUCAUUGGGGCAAAUGGUCGAUUUCUGUUGUGGCGAAUGAUAGAUUUCUGUUUUGGCAAAUGAUAGAUUUCUGUUUUGGCAAAUGAUAGAUUUCUGUUGUGGCAAAUGAUAGAUUUCUGUUGCCGCGAAUGGUAGAUUUCUGUUGCCGCGAAUGAUAGAUUUUGUCAUACUAAUUGGCGCUCCAUAAGUACAGCUAUUCAUUGUAAACUUUGUUUAUUAGUUUCAUCUGGGGCAAAAGAAAAGUGUGAGUGUUUGGGGGAAAAAAAGGGGGUGGGGCGCGGCGCUACCUGAAACUGUAUAUGGCUUAUGGCAGUGGUUCACAACAUGUAGCUCGCGACCCUUUCACAGGGGUCACCUAAGACCAUCGGAAAACACAUAUACUCUACAGUUAUGAAGAAGCAAUUACAAUAAUUUUGUGGUUGGGGGUCUCCACAACGCGAGUGACUGUACUAAAGGGUCGCGGCAUUAGGGAGGUUGAGAACCACUGGCUUAUGGCCUAAUUUCAUGUACACUGUCUUUUCUAUGAAUUCGAUUCCACCCAUUUUCAUCCAUACUAUCCACAGUAUCCAUGGGCUUGCAGCAAAACAUUAAUUCAAAUUAUUUCUGUGAAUCUCGUUUUAUACAAAAGCAAACUUAUUUGUUAGUUAUAGAAAUGCAAGCAGUAUAUUUUCUGGAGCACCAAACACUACUGUAGCCCUAGUUAAGGCAUCAGCCCGACAAGCCACAGUUGUGCCAAAUAUUUUGUUCAGUUGGAAUAAGAGCAAUGUCUAAGUUGUUACUUAACGCCGUUUGAUCAUGCGUGACCUACAGUGGCGUGGCCUUGAGCAGUGGGAAUGUUUAGAAUCACAUAGUAUAGUAAAGGGAAAAAAAAACAAUCUGAUCCCCCCCCCACCCGUCUAGAAACACCACCGCCACCACCACCAGCACACUCAACAAACACCGGGGGGGGGGGCAGUGACGUGGACCUAAAGUUCUAAAGUUUUAAGCUAAAAGCUAUUUUGUAAACAGGAAAUUAAUUAGAGGGGGGUAAAACCGUCACGCUUGUCUAGGCACAGUUUCCUCAAUGACCUAGUUUCAUUUUCUUUUCCUUUAUGCUAAUCGAUAAGAACAGGUACGAUAGGUUACCCUUGGCCUUGGCCAUUGGCAUAUCGAGCCAGAGAUGUGCACUUGGGUCACUUGGGUCAUCUUAAGUCUCAACAAAAUUUAGAAAUGUUUUUAACAUAAGCAGACAUUUUUUUAUUAUUUUUUUAAAAAUCUUACUCCCAGGUAAAUAGUUGGAUAAACCUUCGGAGUUGGGGUGGGGGGGGGGGUGUUAGUUUGCCAACAGAUUUAUGGCCAUACUGAGCCUCUCAAUGUAACCCAGUGUUACGGCCAUACUGAGCCUCUCAUUGUAACCCAGUGUUAUGGCCAUACUGAGUCUCUCAAUGUAACCGAGUGUUAUGGCCAUACUGAGUAUCUCAUUGUAACCCAGUGUUAUGGCCAUACUGAGUCUCUCAAUGUAACCGAGUGUUAUGGCCAUACUGAGUCUCUCAAUGUAACCCAGUGUUAUGGCCAUACUGAGUCUCUUCCUGUAACCCAGUGUUAUGGCCAUACUGAGUUUCUCAAUGUAACCGAGUGUUAUGGCCAUACUGAGUAUCUCAUUGUAACCCAGUGUUAUGGCCAUACUGAGUCUCUCAAUGUAACCCAGUGUUAUGGCCAUACUGAGUCUCUCAAUGUAACCGAGUGUUAUGGCCAUACUGAGUAUCUCAUUGUAACCCAGUGUUAUGGCCAUACUGAGUCUCUCAUUGUAACCCAGUGUUAUGGCCAUACUGAGUCUCUCAAUGUAACCGAGUGUUAUGGCCAUACUGAGUAUCUCAUUGUAACCCAGUGUUAUGGCCAUACUGAGUCUCUCAAUGUAACCCAAUGUUAUGGCCAUACUGAGUCUCUCAAUGUAACCCAGUGUUAUGGCCAUACUGAGUCUCUUCCUGUAACCCAGUGUUAUGGCCAUACUGAGUUUCUUCAUGUAACCCAGUGUUAUGGCCAUACUAUGUCUCUUCAUGUAACCCAGUGUUAUGGCCAUACUGAGUCUCUUCACGUAACCCAGAGUCUCACAAUUUCAAUGAGGCCACUACCUCAUUGGUUUCACUGUACGCGUUUGAAUUAAAGAUUUUUUCGGGGCUCUUGGCAUAUCCAGCAUAGUUGUCUAACCCGUCUGCUGUACACUGGCUGUCUGCUGUACAAUGGCUAUGUGCUGUACACUGGCUCUCUGGUGUACACUGGCUCGCUAACGCAUAGGAGGUCAAUUAAUACAAUUGCCCUAUAUAUCUUCAGCUUGUUGAUAAACCGAGACCCCUUCGCUCCCAGACACUCUUGGGGAGUCUUCCAAAUGCGACAUUUGUUUUGGAACGUAUCUUCUUCUUUAUUUUGAGGCCCCACGAUCAAUGAAUUGAUCAUUCUGGCUCCUAUGUUUCAGAGGGGUUUGCGAUGCUACUGUGCAUGGGUUUCAAUGGGAUGCUUCACUGGUUGCGAGGGCGACUCAGCAGUGGUGUUAUGAACUGGGGGUUGGAAUACAGGAGGCAAUAGACACAAAUGUAUCGAGUGUAGCCGCCUCAACUGUUGCUUUUGGAAGCUUGUUCCAGUCCCCUAUUGUCUUCGGCAGGAAUGAGGAGCUCCUGUACUUUGUUCUUGUUUUUACCAGCCGGAACUGUCUGUCGUGGCUUCGUCGCAGUCUAGGGGGAAGAUGAACGAGUUUCUGUUUGAUUCCGGAGCAGUGGACCAGCCCAUUCUUUAUCUUGUACAACAUGGUGAGCCUGGAUAGUCGUCGUCGUUCUUCCAAUGUAGACCAGCCCAGUGUUUCAAGCAUGCUGCCAACACGUGAGGUGUUUCUGUAGCGGUUCAUGACAAAGCGUGCUGCCCGUCGCUGGACCGCCUCCAACCUGUUGAUGCUUUUCUGGGUAAAUGGGUCCCAGACUGUAGAAGCGUACUCUAAAAUAGGCCGGGCAAAGGCUUUAUAGGCUUUUUCUUUGACGCUUGAGUUUCCGAUCUUCAGAUUGCGCCUUAGGAACCCCAGGGUCUUGUUUGCCCGGUUGCGCACACUGUUAAUGUGCUCGUCCCAGCGGACCUCUCUUUGAAUGGUAAAACGUAUGGUGUUGCUCUCAUCAUCUCUUCUUGCUGACCUGAGAUGGUUGCUGCCUAGUUAUAUGAAACGUUCACUUCGACAUUCUGUCCCUUCACUGAAACGUGUUUGCAAGAUUUUCCUAGAGCUGCCUGGUGCAAGUUCUUUUUUUUUUUUCUUCUCCCUCAUGGGGUUCAUUUAGAAUAUGAAACUAAUGAGACGUAUUAACAGUGGGCUACUAAAAUGUUGUGGGCUCUUUGAUUGUAUAUACCCCGGCCGAUUUGAUACUAAGACACAUCAUCGUCAUCAGUCCGAUUGGAUACUAAGACACAUCAUCGUCAUCAGCCCGAUUGGGUACUAAGACACAUCAUAGUCUGUUGGAGAAAGAAAUAUUGUUCGUUCUGGAGCCAGCAGAGAAAUAGUCGUGGUUGGUAGCAAUGCCUCGUCCAGUCGAUACUGUUGCCAGUUCAUUCAAUUGAACCUUAGACAUUGGUCAUCUUAAGAACGUUUUGAUGUACUUCAAUGUUGAACCACUUCGUUAACGAACUUGCUACGAUGACCAUUAGUGUCAACAUUGUUGUGUACACCAUCGUGGUACAUCACUGUCAACAUUGUUGUGUACACCAUCGUGGUACAUCACUGUCAACAUUGUUGUGUACACCAUCGUGGUACAUCACUGUCAACAUUGUUGUGUACACCAUCGUGGUACAUCACUGUCAACAUUGUUUGUACACCAUCGUGGUACAUCACUGUCAACAUUGUUUGUACACCAUCGUGGUACAUCACUGUCAACAUUGUUGUGUACACCAUCGUGGUACAUCACUGUAAACAUUGUUUUGUAUACCAUCGUGGUACAUCACUGUCAACAUUGUUUUGUACACCAUCGUGGUACAUCACUGUCAACAUUGUUUUGUACACCAUCGUGGUUCAUCACUGUCAACAUUGUUGUGUACACCAUCGUGGUACAUCACUGUCAACAUUGUUUUGUACACCAUCGUGGUACAUCACUGUCAACAUUGUUCUGUACACCAUCGUGGUACAUCACUGUCAACAUUGUUUUGUUCACCAUCGUGGUAUUCGGGAAACAAUCAGCCAGUGUUAGUAACAUAAGAAAUUGAGGACAUUGUAAGGAUGCAUGUACUGCUCCUGGGAUAAUCUCUCAAGAUCUUCAGUUUUUUAACUGAUACACUGGGAUGUCCACCCACGUGAUACUAUUGAAGGUCCACCCAACUGAUACACUGGGAUGUCCACACACGUGAUACAAUUGAAGGUCCACCCAACUGAUACACUGGGAUGUCCACACACGUGAUACAAUUGAAAGUCCACCCAACUGAUACACCAGGAUGUCCACCCAACUGAUACACCAGGAUGUUCACCCAACUGAUACACCAGGAUGUCCACCCAACUGAUACACUGGGAUGUCCACCCAACUGAUACACUGGGAUGUCCACCCACGUGAUACAAUUGAAGGUCCACCCAACUGAUACACCAGGAUGUCCAACCAACUGAUACACCAGGAUUUCCACCCAACUGAUACACUGGGAUGUCCACCCAACUGAUACACUGGGAUGUCCACCCAACUGAUACACUGGGAUGUCCACCCAACUGAUACACCAGGAUGUCCACCUAACUGAUACACCGGGAUGUCCACCCAACUGAUACACCGGGAUGUCCACCCAACUGAUACACCGGGAUGUCCACCCAACUGAUACACUGGAAUGUCCAACUAUUAUUAUUCACCAAGAGAGCCCCAAACAACCACUGGGGAGAGGGGGUGGAAACAUUACUCGGCACACUUCCUGGGCCACAUGUUUGUGCCGUGCGCUGGGUAAACGAGAGAAUGGGUUGAAUUCCCAUGACCUUUACCUUCCGGCUAUAUACCAAAAAUUAACUAUGAACUAUAGGCUUAGGAUUAGGUUGCUGUCAUAUUACAGUCGCUGCGAUCCACUGUUAUCAGUAUAAAAGUGCACCCACCUUCUUGUGUGUGUGUGUGUGACUUGUCAACGUCCUUGCUGAUUUAUUUUAUAAAACAAACAUUGGGUUGGCUGUAGGCUGUAGGCUGUAGGCCGAAGAUUUUAGGUGUUAUGAUUAUUGAAUUUUUUUUUUCAUUCCAGAAUCCUCAGCCAUGUGGAAUGUCUACAUUCACUUGUUGUCCUUGAAACUGUCCUUGAUGAGGAAAUAGAUCGUUUGGGUAAGUUACCCUCCAUGAAUUCCUGGGGGAAAUCCUCCAUAGUGUUUACUUGGAAUUAAACAAUGGAGAUUGUCAUUAAACCUGUUCUGUAAGUGGCGAACUUCAUUAAAUGUAUCCAGUAUUUUACUCACCCAGUAAUUCUGGCAAACCAUUUCAUCCUUCUUGACUGGCGAGACACAUUUUUACUUUAUAAAGAAUAUAACCUCUCUUAUCUGUUUCUCAUUUACCUGUCUCUCUCUCUCUGACCUGACAGACAUUGGACGUUGUGAAUUUACAACAUUAUAACUAGAUAUUUAGAGAUGUCCAAUACACAAAUCAUCAGAUACUUCUGUACUUGUAAAUCAGCUCAUAAUUACAAAGCUAUAGAUAGGUGCCACUCAACUGUCUGUUGACAGGUAAGCAGAAAGUUAAAGACAGGUGUCACUCAAAUGUCUGUUGACAGGUGAGAAGAAGGAAUCAAAGGUCACAUUCCAAAAACCCCCCAAAAUUAUGUAACAAAACCAUAACAUUUGUAGACAGUCAUAAAGGAGUGCAUGUUGUUUGUGACAGAAUGAUACUGUCAUAAAAGGGUUGCAUGUUGUUUGUGACAGAAUCAUACUGUCAUAAAAGGGUUGUAUGUUGUUUGUGACAGAAUGAUACUGUCAUAAAACGGUUGCACAUUGUUUGUGACAGAAUGAUACUGUCAUAAAACGGUAGCAUGUUGUUUGUGACAGAAUGAUACUGUCAUAAAAGGGUUGCAUGUUGUUUGUGACAGAAUCAUACUGUCAUAAAAGGGUUGCAUGUUGUUUGUGACAGAAUGAUACUGUCAUAAAACGGUUGCACAUUGCUUGUGACAGAAUGAUACUGUCAUAAAAUGGUAGCAUGUUGUUUGUGACAGAAUGAUACUGUCAUAAAAUGGUAGCAUGUUGUUUGUGACAGAAUGAUACUGUCAUAAAACGGUUUCACAUUGUUUGUGACAGAAUGAUACUGUCAUAAAAUGGUAGCAUGUUGUUUGUGACAGAAUGAUACUGUCAUAAAAUGGUAGCAUGUUGUUUGUGACAGAAUGAUACUGUCAUAAAAUGGUAGCAUGUUGUUUGUGACAGAAUGAUACUGUCAUAAAAAUGGUAGCAUGUUGUUUGUGACAGAAUGAUACUAACAUAAAAAGGUUGCAUGUUGUUUGUCACAGAAUGAUACUGUCAUAAAAAGGUUGCAUGUUGUUUGUGACAGAAUGAGACUGUCAUAAAAGGGCUGCAUGUGUUUGUCACAGAAUGAUACUGUCAUAAAAGGGAUGCAUGUUGUUUGUGACAGAAUGAUACUGUCAUAAAAUGGUAGCAUGUUGUUUGUGACAGAAUGAUACUGUCAUAAAAUGGUUGCAUGUUGUUUGUGACAGAAUGAUACUGUCAUAAAAUGGUAGCAUGUUGUUUGUGACAGAAUGAUACUGUCAUAAAAAUGGUAGCAUGUUGUUUGUGACAGAAUGAUACUAACAUAAAAAGGUUGCAUGUUGUUUGUCACAGAAUGAUACUGUCAUAAAAAGGUUGCAUGUUGUUUGUGACAGAAUGAGACUGUCAUAAAAGGGCUGCAUGUGUUUGUCACAGAAUGAUACUGUCAUAAAAGGGAUGCAUGUUGUUUGUGACAGAAUGAUACUGUCAUAAAAUGGUAGCAUGUUGUUUGUGACAGAAUGAUACUGUCAUAAAAUGGUUGCAUGUUGUUUGUGACAGAAUUAGACUGCCAUUAAGGGUUGUAUGUGUCUUUCAUUGAAUGAUACUGUCAUAAAAUGGUUGCAAGUUGUCUGUCACAGAAUGAGACUACCAAAAAAAAACGCAUUUGUGACUCUGAUCUUUAAAAAUUCAUAUCUUAUAACUCUCCUUGAUGACUUUCAGAAUCAGAGUAUGACUGGGACCGUCAGAAACGGAUUUACCUGCAAGCCCUCGAGUGUGACAGAUCUCACCUGGUGAAGUUGGAUCACAAAAUCUUGAAAUGUCAGGAGUUGAUUCAAGUCUACAGGAAGCUGUUACAUGACACCUUUGAUGAGAAGUUGGUGAGUUCCUUGUGACAUUAAAUGACACCUUUGAUGAGAAGUUGGUGAGUUCCUUGCAAUGGUAUGUGACACCUUUGUUGAGAAGUUGGUGAGUUCCUUGUGACCUGCUUAUCAAAUAUGAAUGACCUUUUAAAUUAAGUCUCUUUUAUCAGAAGUGAUUCACAAAUGUAUUGAUGUUCAGAAAGACCUUGACAUUCAAUCCAAUAAAACAGAGAAUGGUGCAAAGCUCAAUAUGACCUAAACUACCAAGUGCAAUCUGAUGUACUCAAGUGCAAUCUGAUGUACACAAGAGCAAUAUGAUGUACACAAGAGCAAUAUGAUGUACACAAGAGCAAUAUGAUGUACACAAGAGCAAUAUGAUGUACACAAGAGCAAUAUGAUGUACACAAGAACAAUCUGAUGUACACAAGAGCAAUCUGAUGUACACAAGAGCAAUCUGAUGAACACAAGAGCAAUCUGAUGUACACAAGAGCAAUCCAAUGUACACAAGAGCAAUAUGAUGAACACACAAGCAAUCCAAUGUACACAAGAGCAAUAUGAUGUACACAAGAGCAAUAUGAUGAACACACAAGCAAUCCAAUGUACACAAGAGCAAUAUGAUGUACACACGAGCAACCCAAUGUACACAAGAGCAAUCCAAUGUAUGCAAGAGCAAUCCAAUAUAUGCAAUAACUAUCCAAUGUACGCAAGAGCAAUACAAUGUAUACAAGAGCAAUCUGAUGUAAACAUGAACAAUCUGAAGUACACAAGAGCAAUCUGAUGUACACAAGAGCAAUCUGUUAUACAUUCAUUCUAUAAAAAAAACAUUGUUAACACUGAUGAACAUUUUAAACAAUGAAAUAUUUAUUAAUUGCUGUAAUUGAUCUACCCUUACCUGUUUCUCAUUUACCUGUGUCUCUCUUACCUGACAGGUGUUGUUCGACCUUGUAAAUUCACAACAUCAAAAGUAUUCAGAAAUUUCCAAUACACAAAGCUGUGUUGCAAAACCUCAUCAGACAGUGACCAUGUCUUCCUGUCAUUAUCAAGCAGAUGCCAUGGCCCCGUGUCAUGGUCUGCCAAGUCAUUUGUCUCCAUGUCAAUGUCUGCCAAGUCUGGCAGAUGAUGUGUCUUCCUGUCCACACAAAUCAAAGUCCAAGCACUCGAACAAUUAUGCGAAACAUUUCAAACAAAAGUAUGAAACAUCAAAAUGUUUCUCGGGGAUCAGAACUUUCAACACGAAAAAAAUCAAGUUACACAGAAAUGACCGUAGAAGUAGGAUAUUGAAUUCAGCCAGGAGGAGACAGUCCAUCCAUUGUGGAACAAAGAAAUAUCACUAUAGGCAUCAACAGACGUAUUCAAGGAGGAGAGCCUUGAAGUAUUCUUAUGUGUCGUCACGGCAACAGAAGCCUAGCAUUGAUAAUACAGCUCCGGAGCAGAAAUCUUCCAACAAUUACAAGGCAUUCAACUGUCCCCAGCAUGACUUGUAUCGCAAUAGUAUUCCACUGAGCUCAAGUAUGUUCACUAUCAACCAGGGUCAACUAUCACUUGAGUUAUAUAGAUUAGAUGACCCUAGGUCUGAGCCAAUCAGCCUGGAAGUUGAGGAUCCUUGGAGGCAGCAAGAGAUGGAGAGAGACAAUAGACUUAACCGGUGCUGUCUCAGGUGCAGUUAUAACAGCCUGUCCUGGGAGGAAUUCUUGUUUGAUGAAGAAAGGGACUAGAGAGAUUACAAAAUUGAAUGCCUUAAAAAUGCCUUACCUCUGAAACUUGGGAUAAAUUUUUGUUUGAUGAAGAAAGAGACUAGAGAGGGAAAAAAAUUGAAUGCCUUAAAAGUGCCUUACCUCUGAAACUUGGGAUAAAUUUUUGUUUGAUGAAGAAAGAGACUAGAGAGAUGAAAAUAUUGAAUGCCUUAAAAAGGCCUUACCUCUGAACCUAAGUGUAGGACACUGGUGGUAAAAUAAGGGUGUGCUGAUGAAGGUCAGGGUGUUAAAAUAAUAAGGUUAUGUGGGUCAUUGUGGAGCAAGUAGGUCAGAAAAUAUGUCAACGUACUAUAUAAGCAUGUCAUGUAAGACGGUGUGAUAUGCGGUGUGAUAUGCGUCUCAUGAUGUGGGUCAGUGUGAUCUUAGGUGUUUCCUGAUGUAGGUCAGUGUGAUCGUAAGUAUCUAAUGAUGAGUGUCAGUGAGAUCAAAGGUGUACCAUGAUGUGUGUCAGUGUGAUCAUAAGUGUGUCAUGCUGUGUGUCAGAGAGAUCAAAGGUGUGUCAUGUGUGACACUUUGUAACACAACAUUUACAUAGGUAGAUGGUCACAAAAGUGAAAGACAUCAAAUUAAUACAAUACAUGGAUCUGCAAGUUUUCUUUACUUACUAUUAGAGAAUUUUGAUAAACAUUUUAUAGUUAGCACUUUGAUUAGGCUAAAUACUAGUUACAGGCGUCCUAUAAUUGAAAUGUGUUUUCUUGUUGUCUUGUUCACUUAGAUACCUUGACUUUGUUAUUUAGAUGCUACAAAACAGGACUGUAAAAACUAUAUUCUUUUUGUUUCUUUACGCUACCAGUUUUAAUAGCCUUCAAUUAAAUACUUCUGAACCCACUUCAAGUUGAAGACAAUACGGGUGGGAUAAUCCCAACUGACUGGAUGGGAAAUAUUCCUUUGGAUUAUCAAAGCAUAAAAAAUUGGAAUGUCUCAUGUGAAUGUGCUCUCAACUUACAGGUUACUUCCCUCUACUGUGAGAAAACAUUAGUUUGAAUUAACGCUCACCAAUGUAGACUAUAAGAAGAACCGAGACAAUUACAGACUUGUAGUAGAAGCAGACUCAAUGAUAAAAUGAUUGAUUCUUUUGCAAACCGUGUUGCAUUUAACCUCAUUUGGUUGGCAUUUAAAACCGAUGCCGGAUUCAUGAAUAGGGGAAAACAUUGUUUGCGUGAAACAUGAUAACUUCUUAAAAUAUUAAUGCAACUAACGGGCGCGAUUAUGGUAGCUUUAGAUAUUUUGAUUCUAUUUCUUUUUAAAUUUAUUAUUUUUUAUGCACACUGACUGUCAGCACGACUGUCAGGACUGAAUAGUUUUCAGCUGACACUGACUGUCAGGACUGAAGAGUUGCCAGCUGACACUGACUGUCAGGACAGAAUAGUUGCCAGCUGACACAGACUGUCAGGACUGAACAGCUGAUGCAGAGAACUCACAAAGCAAAUAAACUUAAACCUGUAAUCUUUAGUUACAUCGGACACAACAAUCUAGAUAUAAAAUAUGACCAGAUUGGACACACUGAUAUAGGUAACAUAUAUUACUAGACUAGACACACUGAUAUAGGUAACAUAUAUUACUAGACUAGACACACUGAUAUAGGUAACAUAUAU